GUUUAUGAAAAACUUAUGGCAUAACAUGCACAUUAUGAAAUAGAUCUAAUAUUAAUUAAAUCACAACUAGACCUAGAUCUACAUCUGGAAAUUAUCUGGCAAUCAAAUCGAUAUCAAAGAUGGCGGCAUCCCUGCAGUGAAGUGCUGUUUGGGCACAUUUUAAAUUAUUUCAAAGACUUUCGGCUAAAGCUUCAAAUAUUAUCAAGUUAACUUAUUUGUGACCCAAAGUUUAAGCAACAUUGAAAGGAAUUAGAUAUCAGCUCGUAAUCAACUUGUGCCCAUUCACAAAAAGCUUUGCACUCACUGUAAAUCUGAGGACCAAGACGCAUACUAACCAAUUAGGAAGUUAAGAAUUAUUAUUGCUAAGAUAUGGACCAUACCUUUGUUCUGGAAAACUGAUAUAGCCUGUGUCAAGCAAAAGUCUAGCUUCUAUUAAUUAGUGGAUUUCUCUCACUUAUUACUGUCAAGAAUACUAAUUUCAAUGUCUGUGAAGAAACCAAGUCCUCAGUGGAAGAAAUUCCAGCCGCCUGUCCAAGAUCCAGCCAUUAUACCCAUCCAUCAAAAUCCCAGUGUUAUUAACAUGAAUGUUAAUGCUGAAAUGCAGCCAACGACGCCUGGCUUCCCAAGAGUUAGGGAAACUGGCCUGAUCGACAAGAAACAGCAUUCCUAUGGGUUUAUUCAGUGCUGUGAUAGAGACGCAAGACUGUUUUUCCAUUUCUCUGAGUACAAUGGUAAUGUGGAAACACUUAAAAUUGGAGAGGCAGUGGAAUUUCAGAUGUCUUAUGACCGCAGAACAGGGAAACCAGUGGCAGUAGGUGUUGUGAAAAUAGAUCCAUCCAUGGUGUCACCGGAGAUUGUGAAUGAUGAAAAAGUCCAAGGAACAAUUGUCCAAGAAGCUAAACUUGUGAAACAAAAAAAUGGCACUAUUCCAGGGACGCAAGAUGGACUAGGCAGAGUCACUUACGUGCACAAUGGAGAAUGUUUCUUCUUGCCAUAUGGCCUUGAGGAUGUGGUUAGCAACUCAACCACACCUAAAUCAGGCGAAGAUGUUCUUUUUCAAAUUGCCACAGACAAAAGAGAUGGCAAAAUUCGUGCUAGAAAUGUUGAGUCCCUGGAGUCAGCCACUCACAGAUAUGUUGGCGUUGUUUGCUCUAUGAAGGACACAUUUGGUUUCAUAGAACGGGCUGACAUUGUGAAAGAGAUUUUCUUCCACUACAGUGAGUUUAAAGGUGAUAUCGGUGAACUUAUUUUGGGGGAUGAUGUGUCAUUUGGAAUACAGAUCAGAAAUAAUAAAGAAGUGGCAGUGGAAAUUGAACGUCUUCCAGAGGGAACUGUCAUUUUUGAAGACAUUGCUGUGGAAAUGGUGAAAGGAAAAAUACUUAAAAUGAUUAAGUCGACUAAUCGUCGGCCUAGUGAAGCAUUGGCUGGUAGAAUUAUGUAUGAAACUCCCAAAGGAUUAAUUGAAAUUCCCUUUGGUGAAAAAGAUCAAAGGGGGGAGUGUACAUUAUUACAAGGCGAUACAGUAGAAUUUCAGAUUGCUACAGAUCGCCGAGAUAAACUUCAGCGGGCAACAAACAUUGCCCUGCUGGAGGAUACUUUCGAGUAUUCAGGGGAAAUAAGAGAAACUGGUAUGAUUGCUGCAUUGAAAGAUGGCUAUGGCUUUAUUUAUUGUGCUGAUCGUGAUGCGCGGAUGUUCUUUCACUUCAGUGAAUUUUUGGAUUUAACUUACAGCCCAAGGCUGCAAGAUGAACUGCAAUUUACUGUUGAUCAGGAUGCUUCAGAGCCGUCACGGCAAGUGGCUACCAGGAUAAAACAUCUGGCUAAAGGAUCAGUCUCUUUUGUUAAUGUUCUACCUGCUGUUUACAUCGGUACAAUUGAUAAAGAGCCAUCAACUCAUAAAAAUCAAGGUAAAACGAAAGACGGUGAGCCAGGUAACAUAAUCUAUGACUAUGAAGGUACCAUUCAACAGAUACCUUACUAUUUGAAAGAUGUGACUGAUCAAAACAAUUUGCCUCAUUUUGGUGACAAGGUGGAUUUUCAAAUUGGAGAAAUCAAGUCUACAGCCAAGAAGCAGGCUGUGAAAGUGCGGGUGGUACUUCGAAACAUAGCAGGACGUUGUCACGGGUAUAUUGCAACAUUGAAAGAAAAUUAUGGCUUUAUUGAAACAGCAGAUCAUGAAAAAGAAGUGUUCUUUCAUUUUAGUUCUUUUACUGGUGACACCAAUGAUCUCGAGCUUGGAGAUGAAAUGGAGUACACAUUAGCUAGGAAAAGUAGUAAAGUCAGUGCUGAGAAUAUUCGCAAGCUCCCUAGAGGCACCAUACCUUCUGAUGAAAUUGUCAGUGAUAAGGGGACUCUCCAGGGGCGAAUAAUCCGUCCAAUGAGGAUAGUGAACACAGAGCAAGAAGAAUAUUGUGGAUUAGUGCAAGCAAUGGAUGAUGAUGGCAAUGACAUUGAUGAUCCUUAUCCCUACGGAAUCACAAGCCUUGCUGACAAAAGAGAUUUCCUUCAGAAAGAUGAUGUUGUCAGGUUUCAGGUUGCUCGCUCUAAAAAAGAUGGCAGUUUAAGGGCCAUUAAUAUUGGAGCCCUGCGCAAAUUUAUUAGGGCAAAAGUGGAUUCUGUCAAAGGCCAGUAUGGUUUUAUAAACUUUGAAGCCGAAGAGGGCAAGAAGCUUUUCUUUCACAUGACUGAAGUCCAUGACAGUGCUGUGAUACAACCUGGGGAUGAAGUUGAAUUUGUCUUGGUGCAAAAUCAAAGGAAUGGGAAAUACUCAGCUUGUAGUUUACGUAAAAUUACGGAUACUCGGAGACCUGAGCGUCUGUUGAGCCGUUUAAAAAGUAUUACGGAUGAUAGCACAGCUUAUAAAGUAAUCAUAGUCCGCAACCCUAGGGGUCCUGAUGCUGGCAAAGGAUUCCAGCCUAGAACUCUGUGGAAGCCUGUGUCUUGAAAGUUUGUUUAACCAGUCUUUGUUUGUUCUGUUUUUGUUUUGUUUUUUUCUACACUUGUGGGUUAACUUUUAGAAGGUCACGAAUAUUGCUUUCAGUUUGGAAGUUGAUUUCUUUCAAUGAAUAUUUGUGUCAUGUAUCAUGGCAUUGAAAAUGAACAAAACUGCUAAAAAAAGAAUGCUGGUUUCUUUUCUUUUUUUUAUUAUCUUCCACAUGGAAGUAUCAAAUGUAACUGAUAUAUAUCUUUCAAACAUUAAGGGAAACCUAAAAAAAAAUGUGUACACUAACUUGUGUGUAACUUAGCAAUAUUUUCUGCUCAUCAAGAAGUGAUUUAUGUAGAAUUAAUGACUUUCAUUCACAAUUAUCUAUGCAAUAAAACAAACAACAUGCUCACACACACAAAAAGCAAAAUACUAAACAAACACACACCUGAAUUAUUUUUUUUUUUUAUCUUACUGUUAAAAGUAUUUGAUAUCGGUUUCAAAGUUUUAUUUUAGAGUUGAUAUGACAUUUAGCAGCUUCAGAUUUAGUGAUUGGUUUGUGUGUUCGUCACAUUGAUGUGUUAAAAAGUACUUAGUUCCUUAGGAAAAAAGACGGUGCCUUUCUCAACAUGUGUUAUCAUUCAUUUUUGUUUCCUGUUGUUUCUCAAGAAGACACCAAGUCCAUGUCAGUGUUUGUAAUGAAGAAUUUGUUAACAAAGUCCUUCCAUCUUUUUUUUUUAUCUGUGUACUUUUCCUUGUCAAUUUGGUUAUUCUGGUACAAAAAUACAGUUUGAAAGUUAACCAAAAAUGUUUUAUGGAGGAGCAUUUAAAAUUUUAAUGUUUACUUAAAGACAUCAGUUGUUUCAGUUAUCUUUUUUUUUAGUUAUUUUUAUUUGUAUUUUAAAAUUAUUUCUUUCAGAAAGUUUAACAACAUUUUGUUUGACUUAUUUUACUUAUGUUUUGGUCAAUUUUUUUUUUUUUUUUUUUUUAAAGUAUAGUCAACUUAAAGUGUUUCAAUUAGCGUUUGUGUUGCUUGUUGAACUGUUCAACACUUGUACAACGGUUUCUAAUCAGCCAUACCUUUAUUUAAUUUGAAGUCUCUUAGGGCUGCAGUUUUAAGAGGAAAUCUUGUUGGUUCAAAGAUAUUGUCUGUGUCCCCACUAACCAAACUUCCAGUGUUGAGUGAGUUACUCUGUCUAUCGUCUCAUAUAUAUCUAUAUAUAUACUCUAGAAUGUGUUUAAUAAUUGCCCUGUUAUCAUACCUCUGGCUUAGCUAGGUAGAACUUUUGUUAAGACUUAAAAGCUUCAAAAAGAAUCAAAUAUUAAAACCCUAACAACUUCUUAGUGUCUAAAGAGAGCAGACAUUGGUUAAAGGUUCUCCUAGCUCUGACAGAACUGAAUCAUAAUAUUUGUACAUUGCCAUUUAGUCCUAGAAAUAUGCUCUGGUUUUUGAAACAUGAGAAAUUUGAGUUGACUCUUCAAAGUCCUCUGUGCCCAGAAGUCUUUCAUGGCCAAUACAAUAAUCAAACUUUGUUGAAUCCCCACCCCCACACCCCUAGCAACUUGUAAUUGGGAACCUUGAAAUCUAGUACUGGGUAAAGGAAGAGAUGGAUUGGAAAAGAAAAUGUACUAGAAGCUCAAUAGUAUUUAUUUUUAAGUCAAAACAUUUUCAUGACGAGAUGUUUAAUAUCUAAAAAUGUCUUGAGUUUGUAUUUUUAUGUCUGUUAAACAAACUCCUGGCCCUACUAAAACUUUUUUUUUUUUUUUGAAAGGAUCAUUUGUUCAAUUGCUUUAUAUUGAAUUUAUCGACGACGCAGCCAUUUCCCACUCGUGCCUUUGCAUAUUAAAUAUUAAUCAACUAAAUUGUGUGUGUAACUGAUUAGUUCUAAAGAUGUAUAGUUUUCUAGUUCCACCUGACAGGCAAGCACAUGUACUCAUACUUGUAUGACAAGAUUUGUAACUCUAGUGUUUUCUGUGUCAUCUUAUUUGAUUAGUUGUUUUUUUUUGUUUUUGUUUUUUUCUGUGCCGUCUUAAAAACCGUCUUAAAGCAAUAUGAAGUUGGACACAUCUCUUAAGAAUGUUCUAUUGAGUCUAUCGUAGAGCAGCACAAAUAAUUCAGUAUACCAGGACACUCACAGUGCCCCUAUUUUUUUUUUUUAAACUUAUUGAUCUGAACAAGGUGGCAAAGUUCCAAUGAACCAAAUAUUGACAUGAUCUUUGAUAUCAUUCUCCUAGUCUCAUUUUUUUUUUGUUAUUUACCAAUGUUUCUUCAUCGACUACAGUUAAAGAUGAGCUGCAUUUAUAUUAAUGAGGGUAUUACAAAGUACCUACUGUUCCUAUAUUAACACUUUCGAAGAUCCUUGUGCUUGUUGCCAACUAGUGGCAAAAGAAAUUAUUUCACAUCUUCUGUUCAUCUUGAUGUUACUUUGAUAUCAUUCAAAGUAGGGGGCUCAAGUAAUUUCUUUUCUCACACACAUUCUUGGAUGCAUGGAGCAUUGACUGUCCCAAGACUUAAGUAGUGGUUUUAGAAUGAUCCAUUUUAUUGCUUUGUGAUAACCCUCCAUUUUUUUUUUUUAAGCCAGGCCUUAUUUCUUUUACUGCUUAAGGUUGUGAAUGAUACAGCAUGAAUGUGUUUUAUUUACCACAUUAAUUUUUUUUUCUUCUGUUUGUUUGUUACGAUUCAAACAUUGCAGCGGCACAAGGAUUUUAAAUUAUUCCAUUUUAAGUUACUGACAAAUUGACUUGAUGUUGCUGGGGUUUUGAUGGCACAGUAAUGACAUGCUUCACUUUGAACCAUUUCACUAAGAUGACAACCACCAAAAUUGUUUACUCAUCAAAAACUUGUGUUUAAGUUGUAACCACUUAUGCUUACAAAAACAAAUAAAAGUCAUUUGUGGUUUUCA